UCAGGACAUGGCCACCAACAACUCCAUUCUGAAUUUACGAUUUCCAGUGGAGGACCCUUGGAUUGUCGGGGAAUCAGACAUGAGUAGUGAGGACACAACCGAUAGUGAAUACUUCGAUCAAGAUAUUAUAGACAAGUGUUUUGAGGACCCAUACAUCAAAGAACAUUACACGGAUUUAAAGUGUAUUGGUUCUGGAGGAUUUGGAUCGGUCUAUGAGGCCCGACAUACAUUAGACAAUAUGAAAUACGCCCUGAAAGUUGUACCCAUUGACUCUCAGACUUUCUGUAAGAGAGAAGUGGAAUCAUUGGCUUCCAUGGACCAUAAGAAUAUUGUGAGGUACCACACCUCAAUGAAAAUUAAACUUUGUAAACCGCUAAAUUAUCCUUUAUCUCUUUUGGACAAUGUGGAGGAUUCUGAUGGUGUAUUGUUUGACAAAGGAGAGGAAUCCAAUUCAGAUUGUAACAACAGUGCCUCAGGAGUGUCAGAGUCAGAUUCUAAAGGCAGUGAAAAAAAGGUAGUAACUAAAUUGGCAGAAAAUGAUGAGGAUUCUGAUGAUGUAAUAUUUGAAAAAGAAAAUUCAUCAAACUCUAACAACAAUGCUUUGGCAUGCUCCAAGUCAGAAUCAUCAAGCUGCAAAAGAAAAACUGUGGCUUUUGAUGCAUGCUUGGUUGUGAAGACUGAACUAUGCACAGAGAAGAACUUAAAAACUUUAAUAGAGAGUGGUGAGAUCUUUAUCGAAGAUCGAAAAAGACGUAAUCUGUUCCUGGAUGUCAUUUUUGGACUAAAAUAUAUCCACGACAAAGGUUUCAUGCACCGCGAUUUGAAACCACCCAAUAUAUUGAUUGACAAUGAUGGUAGAGCCAAAAUUGGAGACUUUGGUUUGGCGAGGAGAUAUAUUGUGUCUGUUGCAGACAUGGGCUCUCCAUCUUCUGAAAAGGAUAGACUUUGUUUCACCAAGCAUAUAGGGACACGUGAAUACGUUGCUCCAGAGGUGUUAAAAAGCAACUGUCCCUAUGACAAAAAGGCCGACUUCUAUAGCAUGGGAGUUAUUCUUUUUGAAAUGUACCAUAACAUGGGCUCUGGGAGUGAGAGGGCUGAUACUAUACAAAAACUUAGAAAGCAAGAUUUUUCACCAUUGGAUGAAUUUCCAGAAAAAUACAAAAAUGUGGCAGUUGUGAUUGAGAGCCUUUUGAACCAUGAGCCAUCCUUACGCAUGGAUCUGGAAAGAGUUCAGGAUUUGAUGUCACCUCUUGAACAUCAACAAAGUGUGGAAAGAACUCAGGAGGCAGUGCAGCCAGUUAGUUCCCCAGAGACAGAGUAUCCCGGUCCACCAAGAAGACGGUCAAUGCGGCGACAGAUUAGCGAACCUUAUCCAUCCUCCACUGCUGAAGAUCAAGUCGUACCAAAUAUUGCCAGGAACAUUCUGGUCGAGAAAGAAAAUUAAUUUACACUGCUUCCUUCAAUGAAGUUCAACAUGACUUUUUGACGAGAAUGAUUUGGACUUCCUUCUUCAUGUGCAAGGGAUGAACCAAGAAUCGUAAUUCCAACAUGGUACAUGAGAUGUAGUAUUUUGCUGGUCACAUAAUAAAUAUAUUUAUUUUUCAUUUUUAUUUUUUGUUUUUUAAAUAUGUCAUAAUAAAUGACGUUAUGUUUUGGUUAUAUUUAUUUUUAUUUUGGCUGUAUAUUGCUUUUUGUAGAUAAUUUAUGUUGAUAAGACUUUCUUAAUACACAUACAUAUAAAAUGUACAAAAACCAUACCACAUACAUAGUAACAUGUAUAUUUAUUGCUUUAUUGUUGCAUAAAAAAUGAAUAACAUAUUAUUUGUCACCUUUAUUUUCUUAACACAUUUAAGGUGGAUCCUUUGUAUAAUAAUUAUAUAUUAUAUAAUAAUAAUAAAUGCAAGAUAAGUAUGUCCUGUACAUAUAUAUAUAUAGAUAUAUGUGCAUGUUACUUAUUAUAUAAUAAUAAUAAAUGCAAGAUAAGUAUGUCUUGUACAUAUAUAUAGAUAUAUGUGCAUGUUACUUAUCUGUUAUUGUUUACUUUUUGUCAUAAAUAUGAUAAAUUUAUAUAUGUAUAACCAACAAACUUAUGUGCAAAUUUAUGUAUAUGAUUCUUUUUGAAGUUACUGUUUUGCUAUUGUGUAGAAAAGUACUGGGGUACAGGUAUAAAAAUGCAUAUUUUUUUUUAAAUUGUGUUUUGUUUAUAAUGAUAAUCAUUUUUCACGAGUAAACACAUUUGUUCUCCUCACACAUACAUUAUAUAUAAAAAUGUAUAAAUUUGUUUUGCUUUGGUUAAGAAUUGUGAAUAUUUAUACAUGUAUAUUUUAAAACCCAUCAUUAAUAAUAUUUAUAUUGUAUUUGGUAUACCAGUAUACUUUCAACUGGUAUGACUGAAAAUAAUGAUGUAUAUACAAUGUAAAAGUUAUCGUAUUAAAAAAUGAAUAUAUGCUUUUUUUAAAAUAAUUUUAAUUAAAUAUUACACAUUUGAUUAAAUAUGAACAAAAUGAUUUAAUGAUUUCAUAAGAAAUUCAAUGUACUUUCUUUACUUAGAAAAAUUAUUUACAUGUAAGUGAUGUAACAACUGUUUUUUUUUCAUCGUUCGAAAUACAAGAUCAAGAAAGCUCAAUGCAACAAUAGCUCUUAGAAUUAUCUAUAGCUUCUGAUAAUCAUUGGAUUUGAUAUAGUUUGCUAACUAGUUUUAUUGAAAUAUCCAGAUGAGUUCAUUGUUAAUUUAAUCAAGAUGUGAUAAAACAUUGUAUUUUUAAUUUCACAUCUUUCGUAGAUGCAUGUGUAAAUGAUUGUAAGAUGUUUGGCUUAUUUUCUUAAACCUUAGGUAUUGAUGAUUUAAGUACAAUAUGUAGAAAAAAUACAUUUGGUAACAGUUUUGUAUGAUAUCCUACUACUACAAUGUAUUUCAUGUCUAAAGAAAAUUAAAAUUUAAUUUGUUUUCUUGUAAUCAGAGUUUGAAUUUGAUAAAAAUGAUGUGAAUUUAGAUUUGAUUAAAGAAGA